AUGGUCAAGUUCACCCUCUCCAUGGUCGCGCUCUGCGGAGCCGUCAGCGCCCUCCCGGGCGUCGAUCCAGCGCUCGCGCGACGGUCCCUCCUUGACCCAAGCGACUUUACCAUUGUACCGUCCAAGUCAAGCCCCCAGGGCUACUUCAAGGCCUACAAGACUGGUGGGCUGAAGCGCUACGGCGCCAAAACGGACAACGACCACGAAAUCGUCAAGAGAUGGACGUGCGACACGUCGUCGACGUACACGUCCGGCGACAACGACAACGGCGGCAAGGGCAUCAGCAUCCGCAACACCGCGCCGGACAAGCAGUGCUACUACCUCAUCCACAACAGCUGCGACAAGGUCCCGUGGAAGCACAUCUGCGUGGACUCGGGCGACACGCGGUUCGUCUCGUUCCCGGACCGCUGGGAGGGGCGCAUCCAGCGCGGCGUGGACCAGUACAUGCUCGGCGGGCAGCCGCAGUGGCUCGGCUCCUGGUUCGAGGUGAGCUGGGACCAGAACGGCUGGGGCUGGGCCGACCUGUCCCUCAUCCGCGGCAACGACGGUGGCGUCGUCCUCACCUCGGCGGACGGCUCCAACGCGAGGAAGGGAUACUCGCAGUGGGUGCUGGACGGUGCGCCGGGCGACGCCUACGAUCAAAAGGCCGAUGGGGUGCGGGUCAUUGCGGCUACGGAGAGGCUGGACGGGUCGAUCAACACGGCCGCGCGGGACUGGAACCUCAACAAGGUCGGCGCCGAGAAUGCUUACUGUGACGACUAUCACGGCAACCCGGUCAUUGCGGCGACCAACGGCCGCUUCAGCACCGAGUGGCCUGCGGGCAGGCCGUAG